AUGAGAAGCGACGGCGACCUAGURACCAUUGAAAGGUCGCUUGGUCUGAAAUCGGAGCGCGGUAUCUCACGACAGGGAAACAAAGAUAACCCACUCAUCCAAGACCUCCUCGCCGACAUUAAGACCAUUGCAUUGCGGUAUACUGACAAGCCAAACACCGAAAUUCGGGCCUCGUCUGUGCUGGAACAAGAGUCCCUCGAGUUGUUUGGGAAAUAUGCUGCCCUUAUCUGGCCUUCUGCGAACCAAGAACGUCCAAACUGGCUCGCAGAGCCCAGCUCCGAAAGAUACGACGGCAAAUAUCCCCGAGCACUCCACCACGACGUGCCCGAAGAACGGCAGAUAUUGAGUGAGCUGUUCCAUGCACUUGUGGUUGAAAAGUGUGUCAAGUAUCAUGACAACCAACUACAAAAGGCCCGCCGCCUCAAUAGGAAGAGCGAAGCCGCGGACUACGAGGUUGGAGACGUGGAGUCCAAUGGCAACCAUGCUGCCAGCGCCUAUUUGGCGAAUUCGAUGGACAUACGAGGCGGACAGGUGUCGUCGCCGGCCUCCAUCCCGCAUGGAUUGCCAUAUUCGGAUGACCCCGAUGACGRGCUGGAUAGUCAGGAUGAAGAUGCCUUUAGUGACGGAUCUGGUUCCCGGACAAAAAGCCAGCGUCUACAAGACUAUCGUGAUGAGAUUGCCAGGGCAAGUGAAUCAUACCUCCAUGCCGCUGAUGGCAAUUUGGACAGUGGUCGCAAACGCCGGCGAAAGCAUGAACAGGAUGUCUCCUCAAAACGUAUGCGCGAGAUCAGCGACGGAGAUGCGCCGCAGAAGGAGUCGCUCAUAGUGCAGCUAGAAUCAGCUCCCCGCGACGAAAUUCGAGACGCAAGCGGCAACGCCGUCAAACGCGAGCACAGCGAUACUCACACACCGCCCGCGUCGUCACUCUCUCAGCAAAACGAGCCGACCCAACGACGUGCAUCCGGGUUCCAAGCUAUCAAUGCUUCUCACGAUGGAGCGCCAGCGACCGUUGAGCCUGCAUCUGAGCCGGUGCCCGCAACAGCAUCUUCGAAUCCGGUCCCGGCCAUGGCUACAAUCCAGCCAUUGAGCACGCCGGUGCAACAAGUAGCUAUUCCAAGAAGGCCAUCCGCUGUAAAUUCAGUGCCACUCAGGAUCAUCCCGCUCGAUGUAGCAGCGGCGGAGGCAACACGCUCAAAUGCACCGCGUGAGCCUCAGAUGAGCUCCGAAAUGUCUGGCCCGCCGCACACUUCGGCCGAAUACCAUCUGAGCGGACGCAGCAGCAACCAAUCAGGGUCAUCACGCAAUGAAGAUCCGCAUCUUCAGGCACCACAAACCGCUGCGCCGCGUCCUACAGUACAAUCUUUAACCUCGCAGCCAUCUGGUCCUUUUCGAGAUCACGGACACGCACACCAUGCAUUCAGGGUCAACCGACCAUUCGUUCCACAGCAACAACAUUCUCAACAUCCGCAAAAUCACCAGCAUCACCACCCGCCGCAGACUCAGCACCAGCCCCAGCCUCAGCCCCAGUCCCAACAACACCAGCCCCCGCAGCAUCAGCAUUCCCAGUAUCAGCUCCAGCAUCAAUUUGUGGCCCGUCCGCCGCAGGGUCCAGGACUGCAGCAGCAUGGCCCUCAGCGUCCUGUAGCUCCUCAGCCGCAGCCGUCACAGACUCAUCAGCACCAUUCGUUAUCCCCGCGCCAAAUUCUCCCCGCAAGCAACCUCCCUGCGAAUACGCAAGGGCCUCCUGUGCGACGCCAUAGUCCACAUCCGAUUGCUCCUUCCAAUGUGAGAAGAAACGCUUUUGUCGAGGAGAUACUGGGAGACCUUAUMCGGUGUCCUGUAGUUGCGCACAUACUUGCUGCAGAUUCCAAUCUGGACCAACAGCAACUGAACAAUCUAAAGACCAUCUUGACGAAUCAUCCAGAGACACGAGACGAUAUGGAAGUUCUUUUAAAACGGAUGACUUCGUUGAUGGACCCGACCCCUCCCAGACAGCGUCAGCAACCACAACCACAACACUCACCAAACGUCAAUCCGGCCGCAAAUCUUCGCGCAGGAAUAGACAUCGGACAAACCCUCGGCAAUCCUGGCCAUUUGCAGCGAACUCCCAUGCCAACGCACACUCCACCGAUGAGCAACGUAUAUCCAGGACCACAAGGGCCAUCAGCAGGUUAUGAGCAGAGUCCCAGGCUGAAGUCCGAACCUAUGGAAGACGAUAAGCUCAUGUCAGCAUCGCCACAUACCGGCUCUUUCGAAAAUGUAUCGAUUGAAAUCAACUGGGGCCGUCAGCUCGAGUUCAGCGAUUACAUGGAAAUGCAACACUGCAGCACGACCAAGGAUUUCUUCGGUCUCGUCGAAGCCCACAUCCCGGAUGAGAUUGCCGCUGRAGGCCAUACCAUCAAGGAGAUCCGCGUGAAGGCAUUGAAGGACUUGAAGGGCGGUAAUCUUCUUCCACGCAUUGUGCGAGACGAAGGUCGUGGCCGAGCAGCUAUACGACAUUUGAUCAAAAAGCUCAGAGCGCAGUCUCCCGACUCGGAGCCAGAGCUCAUGUUUGUUGUCGUGUGGAAUGAUAAACAGAGUACUUAG